AGUUACGUGUGUGUACAUAGUUCAAUGGUGUACAUCGAUAAUGUGUGUGUAUUGUGUGGAUGUGUUCGUUAAUUUCACUAUGGAGUUUCGUCAGUUUCAUAGUUUGUCAGCUUGGCCAGCCGCAAAUGACGUAAUAUGUAUCAUGUCAUGAGACCAGAAAGUAAAUUAAGUUAAAAAUAGUCAAUUAAUAUAUAUUAAUAAUUUAACUUCGCUUUAUACUUGUAACCAGUGAAUAAUAAGCAGUGCGAGUGCGAAACAAUCGUACGUGCCUUUUCUGUUUAUUAAAAAAUAACUUCCGUGGGACUAACGGAAUAUUUUAAUUCUCUAUGACGUGAAAUUACCGGCUUUAUAAAAUAUAGUUUUUGUGAUAACAAUAUUAGUAUAUAGUUAUUAGAAACUUAGCAAAUAUGGGCCAACACGUAACAAGAACCGAUUUUGAAUGGUCUUACACGGAAGAACCACACGCUACACGAAGAAAAAUUAUUUUAGAAAAAUAUCCACAAAUUAAGAAGUUAUUUGGAUAUGAUCCAAAUUUUAAAUGGGUAGUAACAGGGAUGGUUUUAACACAAAUUGCAAUGCUUUUUGUAAUGAAAGAUAAAUCAUGGCCCAUAACACUUCUUGUGGCAUACUGUUUUGGUGGAGUCAUUAAUCAUUCACUAAUGUUAGCUGUCCAUGAAAUUUCACAUAAUCUCGCAUUUGGGCAUGCUAGGCCUUUGGCUAACAAAUUAUUUGGAAUGUUUGCCAAUUUGCCUAUUGGAUUUCCUUUUUCAAUUAGCUUUAAAAAAUACCAUUUGGAACAUCAUAGGUAUCAGGGGGACGAGAAAAAAGAUACCGAUAUUCCAACAUAUCUUGAGGCAAAGUUGUUUUGUACAACGUUUGGUAAAUUCUGUUGGGUUUGUUUGCAACCCUUUUUCUAUGCCUUUCGACCUCUUAUUAUUUAUCCAAAAGAGCCAACUUUACUAGAAUUUGUUAAUCUUGUGGUUCAAUUAAUUUUCGAUGCAAUUGUCGUCUAUUUCUUUGGUGGACGUGUUUUAGCAUAUUUGUGCCUUGGUUCGCUACUAGCGAUGGGUCUUCACCCCGUGGCUGGUCAUUUCAUAUCUGAACAUUACAUGUUUAAAAAAGGUUACGAGACAUAUAGUUAUUAUGGACCUUUGAACUGGAUAACGUUUAAUGUCGGUUAUCAUAAUGAACAUCAUGAUUUUCCAGCCGUACCAGGAUCUAAGUUACCAGAAGUGAAGAAAAUUGCUCCUGAAUUUUACGAUGAUUUACCUCAACACGAUUCUUGGACUGCUGUGCUGUAUGAUUUCAUUAUGGAUCCGGAUGUAGGACCAUAUGCUCGCAUUAAACGUAAAUCCAGAGGCCUUUCCACAUGAUGUAUUAGUCAUUAAUA